AUAUACACGUUUUUAUUCACGUUGAAUACGGCUGAAGUAAAUGUAAGCGGUCAAACUGAGUUCGGUAAUUUGUUUCGCGCUUUACGGUCAGUGACCUCAUGGAUUACUUUAGGCCGAAGAGCGACCCCUGCAGGCUAUUAUACAGAGAAUACACAUCCUUUCCAGUUACUUUAUUUCUGUCAUCCCUGACAACCGAGUAAUCAAAGUGAAUGGAGUUACUAGACCAGAUUGAGCAAAAGUUGGUGUAGGAAUAACAGCGCGAUGGUGAUCGUUUGAUCCGCUUUCUGAAACAGAAUGGAUAUAACAGAAAUCUGCCUGUAUUUGUUAUCUUAAACCUAUUUAGCCGUGGUUGUUUUGCCAGGAGAAAUCCGAAAGCGUGUACAACAAAAUAAAAAACAAAACAAAAACAUGGUAGCGUCAAGCUAGCUAGUGCUAACCUCGGACUAGCAUGUGUGGAAUAGGAGACACGGGGACACGGUGAUGACAAAACCGAUGGAAACCGACGGACUAUGAGCUCAUUUGAGUCUCAGAACAACUUCACUUCGCGUACGAAGAGUAUAUUUAUAUUUAAUCGACCGCUUGGAAACUUCAAAGCUGGCCCGUGAACACCAAGGGCUUCACGUAGAAGUAUCAAGUGUGACCUUGUGCACACAGAAGCAGCAAGACUGACUACUUUCACUCUGAUUACAAAGUUAAAGAUUUAACAAUGAAGAGGCGAUGUCACGUGAUGGAUGGUUAUGAGAUUUAGCAGCCAGAAAGGAGAACCAUGGAACAGGUUGAGCAACCUACCUCAGAAAUGAAAUGUGACGGCCCGGUAGACGUCUCAGCAGCCCAGGAGCGCCUCAUGUUCCCAGGAGUUACGGAGGGCCGGUCGUCUCCACGGACAGAUUUGAACCCUGUCCAGAUUCUUGAAGACACAACAUGGAUGGCAGUCCAGGAGGGUGAGACUGCGUCUUCGGACUGUGGGGGGAUGUCAGACCUACAGGAGCCGAGCUCAGCGUCGGGUGAGGAGGUGGAGGGCAGCGAGACGUCUGAUGCCACAGGAUUAGAGGUCUCACCCGGCAGCAAGGAAUCAUGGGGGGCCACUCUACAGAAUGGAGAUGGGACACCGCAGGAGAGUCCUCAACAGAAUAGUGACACUCCAGCAACAGCUCAAAUGUUUCCAGAUCCGUUACAGACGCCCUCUCUUUCGCUGUCAGACCAGUUACGGCUGGGUCGGGAUGACCCCAAUAGUAUGGGGCUGAACGUCGAGUGCCGCAUAUGUGGAGAUAAAGCCUCAGGAUUUCAUUAUGGAGUUCAUGCAUGUGAAGGCUGCAAGGGGUUUUUCAGACGCACCAUUCGUAUGAAGCUGGAGUAUGAGCGGUGUGAGCGUGCCUGUAAAGUCCAGAAAAAGAGCCGGAACAAAUGCCAGUACUGUCGCUUCCAGAAGUGCCUGGCAUUGGGCAUGUCACAUGAUGCGAUCAGGUACGGACGUAUGCCAGAGGCGGAGAAGAAGAAGCUAGUGGCAGGGCUUCUCGCUGGGGAGAAACAGCAAAGCACUAGUGGAGCUGACCUCAAAACACUGGCCAAGCAUGUCAACACAUCCUACCUGAGGAAUCUCAACAUGACCAAGAAAAAAGCACGGAGCAUCCUCACGGGCAAGACGAGCUGCACGUCGCCUUUUGUGAUCCAUGAUAUGGACUCACUCUGGCAGGCAGAAAACGGGCUGGUCUGGAAUCAGCUUAAUGGAGCGCCUCCCAACAAAGAGAUCGGGGUCCAUGUCUUCUAUCGCUGCCAGUGCACCACAGUUGAAACUGUGCGAGAGCUCACAGAGUUUGCCAAAAACAUCCCUGGCUUUGUGGAUCUCUUUCUUAAUGAUCAGGUAACGCUGUUAAAAUAUGGAGUCCAUGAGGCCAUAUUUGCGAUGCUCCCAUCGCUCAUGAAUAAAGACGGGCUGCUGGUGGCCAAUGGGAAGGGCUUUGUGACGAGAGAGUUCCUGCGUAGUCUACGCAAACCUUUCAGCGAGAUCAUGGAGCCCAAAUUUGAGUUUGCGGUGAAAUUCAAUGCCCUGGAGCUGGAUGACAGUGACCUGGCUCUGUUUGUAGCAGCCAUCAUUCUCUGCGGAGAUCGUCCUGGGCUGAUGAACGUGAAGCAGGUCGAACAGAUCCAGGAUGGCAUCCUGCAAGCUCUGGACCAACAUCUUCAGGUGCACCAUCCAGACUCUCCUCAUCUUUUCCCUAAACUGCUCCAGAAAAUGGCCGACCUCAGACAGCUGGUCACGGAGAACGCCCAGCUGGUUCAGAUGAUCAAAAAGACUGAAUCUGAGACCUCCCUCCACCCACUUUUACAGGAGAUAUAUAAAGACAUGUACUGACUUGCAAGGACCUGACUGAAGAAUGGACUUCAGACUUCACACUUCUGCACACUUCUUAAUGGCGCUGCUGUGCCAUUGGGUUUUUAAAAAUAUUUUUUUGUAAAGAACUUUUACAGAUAUUGACUUUGAAUACUGACAUUUUCUCUGAUUUUUGCGGAGUGUUUUUUUUAUUUAAACUCAAGGAUGCAGAACAUCUAGUCACCGUUUACUACUACUACUACUACUACUACUACUACCACCGUCAUGUUAUUCUUCAUUUGCUUGAUGAGGGCUAACACCUUUAGAACUUGUCUUUUCCAUCAUGGUUUUGGUUUGCAAGUACAUUUAAGUGAUAUCUAGUAUGUUUCUUUGAGGAGAUCAGAGAACAAUCAAGCUCUUGAAAUGCCACUGUAUGUGUUUGUAGGGCUUCUUUCCUCCUGAUUUUGUUUGAGAAGGCACUUUUACUCAAGUAAAAGGUAGACUCCAUGCAAAACUGUACAGCAGUCAGUUGUAUUAUCUUGGAAUUAUGUUACUUUGUUAAGGGUGUUGUUGUUUUCAGCGUCAGCUGCUAUAAAUAUAUAUUGGUAUUGAAACUGAAGACAAAUGUGUUUAAUAAUUUGCUUUAACUUUUUGGGAGAAACCUACAACAGUUUGAUCAUUUCAGCUGUGUGGAAGGAAAUGUUUGUUCACUUUAUGAUAUGUUUAUAUAAUUCUUCUGUACUGCUCCCUUUGUUAAGAUCUGGUACCUUGAUGGUGCUUGUAUUUUAACAUACUGUCCGGUACCAGCCUCAGAGUCAUAUUUACUGAAUCGAGACACAAUACAAGUUAUGUUUCAUUGACUCCUUAAUAAGCAGUUGUAUUAAAUUAGGUCUUCCAUUAGUAUGUUGAUAGAACAUGUUCUAUGACUAUAUAUAUUGAGUGAUUGCAAGCAAGCAGGUUGUGGUUACAUUCAAACUAGAACAUUAUGGUCAAAUUGAUUCUUUAAAUCAGAUGCAUUAGUUAAUUACUAAUAAUGCUAUGAUAGUUGUAUGCAAUGGAUUUUGAGUAGUGUCCUUUAAUGAAAUAACUUGGACACUUCAGAGUUUAGAACGGGUCUUGUCAAAAACAGUGCUGAAUAAUUUGGGAAUUUAGUGUACAUGCAUUUAAAAGCUGUUUUGAUGAUGAAUUACAUUAAUUGGUAUUAAUAUGAUGUGCAACACAUCUACCAUUUCACAUCCAGAAGUAGCUCAGAAAUAUCUGAGAUUUCUCUUAUGGCUGAAAUUUGCUUUGCUGAUCUGUUUAUUCAAGAUGGAACUUGAUGUCAGAGAUCUAUGAUCAUGUAGAAACCUGUUACUGUGAAACUAGAGAGCACAAUAGUAUGAAAUUCUAAGAAUUUUUUUCUUUUCUUGUUCUUAAAAUACCUUUUGUCAUCUAUUUUCACACCAAUCUACUUUUCCAAACUGGCCCAUCUCAGCAAUGUCUUGAUUCACUGACAAGAGUGGGCAAGAUGCACAAGUGUUAUAAAUUGUGGGAUAUUAUUUGGAUCACAGUAAAACAAUCCCAUACAUCUUUAA